AGUUGACCUGUUCCCUUGUCAUGUCAACCCCCAUGGAAUACGGCUCCUACCCGAGAGAUUGUCCCACCAUGGAUAGCCUGGAAAGGCAGCUCAUCUGCCCUAUUUGCUUGGAGAUGUUCACCAAGCCUGUGGUCAUCUUGCCCUGCCAGCACAACCUGUGCAGGAAAUGUGCCAACGACAUCUUUCAGUCUCGAGGGACAACCUUGGGAUCUGCAGGAAGGUUUCGUUGCCCGUCUUGCCGCCAUGAAGUAGUCCUGGACAGGCACGGCAUCUAUGGGCUGCAAAGGAAUCUCCUGGUUGAAAACAUCAUUGAUAUUUACAAGCAAGCAUCAGCAAGAGGGCCGGACAGACCUCUCUUAAAAACUGAGCACCCAAUCUGUGAAGAGCAUGAAGAAGAAAGGAUCAACAUCUACUGUGUGACUUGCGGGGUGCCCACUUGCUCCCUCUGCAAGGUCUUUGGAGAACACAAGGAGUGUGAAGUGGCCCCGCUCUCAGACAUCUACAUGAAACAGAAGGUGGAGCUGACGGAUGGGAUUGGUGCACUUGUGGCGGCGAAUGACAGGAUCCAGGCCUAUGUUGGUGAUUUGCAAGGCACCUGCCGGAACGUUGAGGACAACUGUAAAGCCCAGAAGCAGGCCCUGUGUGAGAAAUUUGACCGCAUGUGCGCCAUUAUGGAAGAGAGGCGGAAGAUCAUGCUACAGAGAAUCACUUAUGAGCAGGAGGAAAAGAUUCAGCACCUGAAAUCCCUCAGCAAAGCAUGUGGUGACCAUAUCGAGUCUUCAUCCAAGCUGGUGGACACAGCCCUGCAGUCCAUGGAGGAGCCCCAGAUGGCCGUGUUUGUGCAGAAUGCCAAAGUUCUCAUCCAGAAGAUUGCUGAGAUGUCCCAGAGCUGUAAACCUGACACGCUGGAGCCAGGCUAUGACAAUAUGGAGCACUACAUGGUUGACUUCAAUGCUGAGGAACGAGUUCUUUACCAGCUGGAUUUCAUCAAAGUUGAAGACGAGCCUGAGCCAGUGACAGAGGAAGAUGGGGCCUGUGGGGGGACUGAAGAUACCUUGGCAGAGUGUAGGGCAGCAGCCAGCAAGGGCCGAGGGGAUCCAGAAGAUUGCUUUGCUUUCGGAAAGGAAGAGAAGGCUCAAGGCAGAACCCCAAUGACAAAUGAGGCUCUGAGCAAUGCUGGCAGUGGGGUCAAGGCUACAUCUCAGUCUGCAACUCAUUCUGGGGCAGAAGGCUUGGCUGGCAAAGAGGACAAUUUAUGGGGUGCCCAGCAGAGUCAGCUGGAGGGUGAGCCCCAUCUGACAAGCACCAGUUCUCCAAUAUCCCGGCCAGAAGGUGAUUUACAGAGUAACAUGCCUGUCCAAGACAUGGGGCAAGCCAAAGUGGAUGGACCCAAUGAAGAAGCCUUCAGCACGACGGACAGCUCAGCAGAGCCUGAGGAGUGCGGAGGCCUGGGCAGCGGUGGUAAUGAAUGUGAAGCUGAACAUGCCCUUCUUCUGAAUGGAAUGGCAUCUGCUGCUAGCCAGGGUCCUGCAUCCAAUCCCCCUGCUGACAGCUGGAGAAGUGAGAACAUCGCUGAGCCUCCUCUCAGCAGCCGCUUCAAUCCUACCCUUUGGCUACACGAUUAAGGAAGGCUGGUACACAGUCUCCAGACAUUUCAGCAAACACCUGUGACAACCCUUCUGCUAAGACCUGUUGAAAAUUGUGGAAGCUUAUUCUCCAGUUCAUUUGGUUUGAUGUUAACCCAUGAUGCAGUGCAACAGGGAUGGACGCAAACACGGACAAGAAGCCUGAAAACAGGAGUGGUCAGAUGGCCAGUUGGAAACUUCUGGUAGAACAUCUGGGUGAUUUGAAGUGGAUUGGCACGGAUUUCUAAUGCCCAGUUGUUUAACAAAGGCAACAACAAAAUGGCCACAUCCAAUCCCUAAAUUAUACUGCUGAAUUGAAGAAGCUGGGGGCAAGGGGGAAAGUGGGCUUUUGUUUGGAAGGACUGUGAGUUCAAUUCAAUUCUGGUACUCAAAAUAAAUUAUUGGGCUUAGAACUCUUUAAUUAUAUGUCUUCCGUACCUUGCUCUGAUUGGUGAGUCCUGGGGCUUGAGUAAAAACCAAGUAGAUCCAAAAAGCCCAAAGUCUUCCCACCUUAAGACUACAAAACCCAUGAUUCUGUAUUCCUGAGUGCUGCAGGGAGCAUUCUCAGCAGUCUCUGGGACCUCUUUCUACUCUGCAUUCUCAGCAGCCCUCCCCACUGUCAUCUCUGGUAAAUUGCAGGAUGUCCGUAAACCUUUGGGGAGUGUGAAGUGCUGGUUGUGGUGAUGGAAUGGGGGACUCUAGAGCAGGCAUGGGCUGUUGCAACCUCAGGUUCCUUUGGGAGCCAAAUGUGGCCUCCUGGGGCUUCUCCAUCUGCCCCUCAAGACUCUCCCCAGAUCAUGCUCCACCCCAGGCCAUGCCCCAAACUAGUCCUGCUCUGCCCUCUCCUUGAGAGCGUUUACCUGGCUAGAAUGUGUGCCCUUGGAGUGUGCUAAUGCCUCUUAUCAUAGAAUCAUAGAAUAGUAGAGUUGGAAGGGGCCUGUAAGGUCUUCAAGUCCAACCCCCUCUUGCUUGCCUGGACUGACAAUGGAGAGAGAUGUGUGGGUGUAGAAAUCUCUAAUGUGUGCAUGGCUGGAAUGUAGCCUCCUGUACCAAGGUAAAAGAGAGUUCUGCCCCUGUACCUCCAAUUGCCUCUAGCCCUUUCCUUCACUGGCAUGUGGCCCCCAGAAGGUUCUCUGUGAAGGAAUGUGGCCCCCAGAAGGUUCUCUGUGAAGGAAUGUGGCCCUUGGGCUGAAAAUGCUUCCCUACCCUGCUCUAGAGAGUGCCCUGGGUAGUGAAUUGCACUAGCAUGGAUUGGACUGGACCCUGAUGGGGAUCCGAUCCAGGGCACAGAAGCCUAAAACCCACUGUCCAACCUUCUCUCCACGAUGGCGUUUUCCAUCUCUCUGCACAGCUGCUCUCUUCAGCAUUUGAGAUCACUGAUGAAGGAAUGUUUUCAACUGUGUUUUAGAUCAUUUUUAUUUGUAAUUGUGUUUUUCGAAUGUUUUUCACUGUUUUUGGUAUUCUUUUCUUUC